AUGUUUGGCUAACAGAAGAUACGAAGAUAAAGAUAAAACAUCUAAUACCAAUUUUUUAACUAAUUGGUGCUACAACUUCAAAUUUUUAAAACUUGUCAAAUAUAUUAUCACUCAUAGAAAAGUCUCACAGCAAUUAUUUUCCUAUUAAAAUUGUUAUUCCACUUUUUUUUACAUUUAAUGUAACUGUCGAAUUUUAGUAAUUCGAUUUUGUUCCUCCAACCCAUCACCUCUUCAGUUUAGACGAAUAAAUAAAAAAAAGAAUUCAUUCUCAACAUAAUAAGCACAUUAGCAGUAGUUAGCUAACUGGCAAUCCAAUUAAUUUAUAUUCUUCAGAGCAAUAAAAAACACUCAAUAAACUUUACUCAACAAUCAAUAAAUAUAAACCCAAUAAUAAAAACUUAGAACAUCAUGAUUAUGACUACGAAGAAGAAGAUCAAUCUAUCCUCGAUCAAGCGAGUUUAUAAUUUAGAAAUAUUUUAGAAUAGAAGAAAGAUAGGAGUGAAGAUAACGAAGAUUUAUUUGAUGUAUUUCAAGAUAACAACAAUAUUAGUAACCUCAAUAAUAAUAUUAGCAUUCACAGCAACAACAAUUCAAACUUACAACUAAUUCCUUAAAAUUAAAUAAAUGAUAAAUUUAUAAAAAAAUAAACUUUUAUAGACCAGAAAGAUAUGA